AUGCGGCACAACUCAAGGACGGCGUCUAAGGUUUACGCGAUUAGCGAUACAGUAACGAAACCAUCUCGGCCUACCGAUUCUGAACGUCAAUUUCCUGUGCAGCAGAAGAUCGACAAUACUUUAAACGACCCCAACGUUUCCCCCGCGUAUAUCACUUAUAUGGUCUAUCCUUUCUUGCAUAUCGGGAACCUCCACAGCCUCCUUGCGCAGGAUGUUAACUAUCUCGAGUCACAGUGUUGCUUUCGAGUUCCGACAAAGAAUCUCCUAGACGAGUUUCUCAAGCAGUAUUUCUUACAUGUGCAUCCUCUCACGCCAAUAAUUGACGAACAAGAGUUUUGGGACAUAUACAGAGGCCGGGAUACAGGGUUCUCUAAAAGACCAGUGUCCCUUCUAGUAUUUCAGGCCAUGUUGUUCUCAUCAUGUAGCUUUGUAUCGAAAGAAGCUCUUUGCUCAUUGGGGUUCCAAAAUGCCAAAGUUGCGAAAGCAUCGAUAUAUAGGAGAGCAAAGCUAUUAUAUGACUUUCAAACAGAGUCUUCAUCUCUUAAACUAGCUCAAGCAUCACUGCUUCUCAGUCAUUGGUGUCCCCAACUCUCAUCGCCGGGUAUUAAACAGCUCAACAGCCUCUGGCUAAGUAUAGCCAUCAGGCACGCAAUAUCAGUUGGAGCACAUCAUCAAGUUUACGAUUCUACAUCUAAAAUGCCCAAACACGGCAUGCCGCCAAAGAACCGUCGAAACCUCUUGAGACGGCUGUGGUGGUCUUGUAUCAUUCGUGAUCGCACGCUGGCUCUAAGUUGGCGACGAAGUUUACAAAUUCUGCCCUCAAUGGGUAAUAUGAAUUCUCCUGAAGUCAUUGGCUUCUCUGAACUAAACAAUGAGGUUGGUGCAUCAGAGGUUUACAACUCUGGGGAGAAACAACAAAUGAUUCGCAUCAUCGAAUCAACAGCCAAGCUUUGUGUCACGAUGACCAACUUGAUCUUGCUUUUAUGGCCAUCCGCAUCCGAUGAUACUUCUCAGGGUGGCAAAGGGUCUACAAUCAAGGAGACUGAAAUUGCCAUUGACCAAUGGUAUCUCGAAUGCUGUGCUCGGCUUUCAGGCCGUCAGCAGGAAAUAGACCGCAGAAACGAGAGCCCCUCACACCGUUGGGUCCAAUUACAUAUCAAUUCAAUGAUUGCGACAUAUUACUGCAGGAGCACGGCAUCUGACCAUAAGACAAGCACUACCAAAGUGGCUCUAUAUCAAUACCAAGCUUUCAAGGCCGCGAUAACGUCUCCGUUCAAUGAGUUCACUCAAGAAAUUACCUGGGUGGAUGUAAACGAUACGUAUCAUGAUCAAUUACAAGAUGGAAUUCUCAGUGCAACCCAGAAAUUGGUUGAAAUUUCUCAUCACGGCAUGAGUCAAUGGAUCCCGGCUCACUUGCUGGUGUCUGCCGGCACGUCUCUCCUUGUUCAUAUUUUACAUACGAAAAUGAUCGACCUGAAAGAUUACAUCAUUCCAUUGAGUACGGACGAGCAGGCAAUAAAACUAAGACGCCAAUCAUUGGGCGCCCUGAUAGGAUUGCUGGAUAUUGCCGACGAUCACCAUAACGACAUCCAAUACAUUCUCGAGCCUCUUCGUCAUUUUUCUCGUAAUCAUGGCCUUGACACGUUGCUGAGGAAGUUUUUAGCGCGAAAGGAGGAAGCCCAAAAGUCAUCGAGUUGGAUCAAGACCGUUUUCGCAGAUGCACGAGACUACAUCCAUCUUCAAAUGAUUCUAGAAACAACACUCUCCGAGGGUAAACUUCCGGAAAGUAACGAUCAGGCCUCUUCGCUCAAGCUUGUUGGCGAUAAUCAAAUCAUGACCCCCGAGUCUUUCGACAAUAGCAAUACACCAUUGCCCGGCCUCUCACAAGGUUCUUCAUUCUCUGACGCAGAGCAAAACUCCCAAUCAACUAGCUUCAAUCAAGGAGUUUUAGCAACCCAAAGCCCGUCAUUAUCAGAUGAGAGCCCGUCCCCUUUCAUCGAUUGGUGGUUCUCCGAAAAGAGCGGUACGAUUUCACCGGUACCAACUCAGAGCUCAGUACUGCCGGAACUAGGGAUAGAAUCCAUUGAUGGCAGCAGUAUGUAUAUUCCAAUGGAUAGUCCGCGAAUUGGUAGUGGGUUUCUAGGCGAGAUUGAACUCAAGGAUCUUUUUGCCGACACUUUAUCGGACAGGAGUAGCCCAUAUUACAAUCGCUAG